CCAAUAGUCUCAGCCCCAAGAUAGAGGAACUGAAGUCUAUAAAAUCUCCACAGUGCUCCAUAUUAUACACAGCCUAUUCUCAGAUAAACAUACUGCAAGGAAGUGCCUUAAAAACAUAUUCCCAGUCCUGCAAGGAACUUCUGCCUCGAUGUUAUUUCGAUGAUGUGAAGAACUCUCACGUGGAAUAUCAGAAUCUUCAUUUCUGUUGUAUUGCUCAUCUCAAGAAAGAGCAGAAGACAUCUUUGUCACCAUCAUUUAAACACAACCAGUUACUACUGAAUCUGUGCCUGGAUCCAACCAUCAAAUGACCAUGACAAACACUGUGGCGUCUUUUACACUUCUAUUAAUCUGCCUGAAUGUCAUCACUCGUGGUCAGGAAGAACCUUCCAAAAAUACAUCCAAUAGGAAUUUUAUUACAGACAACCUAAAGCCAAACAGAACUACUUUUUCAAGCCCAUCAACACCUACUGCUAUUCUGUCGUACACAAACAAAUAUGAACAUCCAACCAAGAGGCCCUCACAGAAAGCGUCUGGGUCUUCAGUUCCUCCUAUGUGUACUAAACAAACAGAAAUACGACACGCUUUCAAAUACAUCAAUUCUGUGGUCUCCUGCAUGAUCUUUGUGGUGGGAAUCAUUGGAAAUUCUACAUUGAUCCGAAUCAUCUACAAGAACAAAUGUAUGAGAAAUGGACCAAAUGUCUUGAUUGCCAGUCUAGCUCUCGGAGAUUUUCUCUACAUCCUGAUAGACAUCCCAGUUACCGUUUACAAGCUACUGGCUGUAGACUGGCCUUUUGGAGUUGAGGUUUGCAAGUUUGUACCAUUUGUCCAGAAGGCAUCUGUUGGUAUCACAGUCCUCAGUCUUUGUGCACUGAGCAUUGACAGGUAUCGAGCUGUGGCCUCCUGGAGUCGUGUCCAGGGCAUUGGCAUUCCCUUGAAGAAAGCUUUGGAAGUGACAGCCAUUUGGUUGAUCUCAAUUAUUUUGGCAAUUCCAGAAGCUAUUGGGUUCAAUAUGGUUUCAAUUAAGUAUCGUGGACAAGACCUUAACGUGUGCCUGCUUCACUUGUCCCAGCCAUCAGGAUUCAUGGAGUUUUACAAAAAUGUGAAGGAUUGGUGGCUCUUUGGCUUUUACUUCUGCCUGCCUCUGGCUUGCACUGGUAUAUUCUACACUCUGAUGACCUGCGAAAUGCUGAACCGAAGAAAUGGGAUGCAAAUUGCUCUCAAUGAUCAUAUAAAACAGCGACGCGAGGUAGCCAAAACAGUUUUCUGUCUGGUGGUUAUCUUUGCCAUGAGUUGGCUCCCGCUGCAUUUAAGCAGGAUCUUGAAGAAAACUAUUUACGAUGAACAAGAUCCCAAUAGAUGUGAACUACUCAGUUUUCUUCUAGUUCUGGAUUAUAUUGGGAUUAACAUGGCUUCUCUUAAUUCCUGCAUAAAUCCAAUGGCAUUAUACUUUGUCAGUCAAAAAUUCAAGAACUGCUUCAAGUCCUGCUUGUGUUGUUGGUGUCAACGAUCAACUCUGAGCAGACCGAUGGAUGAGAAAAUGGCUGUUGUCAAGUGGAAAGCCAAUGUCCAUGCAAAUGGUCUGGAUCGGAGCAGUUCACACUUCAGUAACAAAUACAGCUCAUCUUGAACUAGUUUAAAAAAGUUAAGGGGAGGAAAGCUCCUCCUGGCUCUCCACUGCCAUUUAAAAAUGGUUUCAUAUCUGUACUUAAAUGCAUUAUACAUGGGAAAGUCAAAAGCUUAUGUUCGUCUGCAUAUUGACACGUCUUUGGAUGCUUGCAGUAAUGUAUAAAAACAAAAAUCAUCUCUUUUGACCUUGAUAUUUCAGUGCAAAGGGGCUGCUCAUUCACUUUCGUGAUCAAUUGCCAGAGAAUAAUUAAUUAAAGUACAAAUAGAUCAUACUCUAUCCAAAGAAUACUUUGGUAAUUAUGAAAAUAAAUUAAAAAAGCUGGAAAUUUACUAAAACAAUGCGAAAAAUUUUAAGUGCUACUGAUUUGGUAAAACAUUGUGGAUAUAUCCAAUUGUACCGAUGCACUAAUUCACCUUUUUUAGUUUAGUUUAGAGAUGCAGCGCGGAAACAGGCACUUCGGCCCACCGUGUCCACACCGACCAGCGAUCCCCGCACAUUAACACUAUCCAACACAC